ACCUCCUAUCCCCUAACAAUGGCGUUGGGAAGGCACAUGAGAGUCAUUGAGUCCAAGAACUCAAGAUAUAAAGUCAAGAUCUUCUGCCGGUUCUACAGCAUGAGUGCAAUUCAUCCUCAGACAUCUCAACACCUCUCCUUACCUCUUCUCCCCUACUGCAACAAACACAAACUGCUGGGCUCGUCCAAGCUCAACCUCCUCAAAUCAACCCAUAACUCUGAUCCACACCAUAGACACGAGCCAUCUAUCAUCAUGACUCCCAUCUAUAGCAAUAUCCCUGCUCAUGGCACUGUUCUAGACAUUGGCGGUAGCGACAUGUCUACCAGUGUCCGUGACCGCCUCCUCGCCGUUCUCCUUGACAGCCAUGCCCCGGGCACCACCCCUGUCAUGCCCGAUGAACUUCUCUACAACGACAAGGGUCUUGCCAUCUGGGCCGAGAUCAUCUUCACGCCGGAGUUCUACCAAACUGCUGAUGAGAUUGCUAUCCUUGCACGCAACAGCACCGAGAUCUCAGACUACAUUCCCCAAGGCGUCACCAUGGUCGACCUUGGAGCCGGGUAUGUUGACCAUUCUUUCACUGAUCUGCGGAAGGUGGAAAAUCUGUUGGCUGUGCUCGAAAAGCGACGCUCUUCUUCCACCUAUCUCGCACUGGACAUCUCCCGUGUGUCGCUAAAGACAAACAUUGACAUGCUAACCCCCAUGCACAAGAAUGUCACCUGUGCUGGCCUCUGGGGCGACUUCAACCGUGGCCUGUCCUGGGUUGCCGACCUGGAUCCCGCCAUUCCCCGUCUCUUCCUUUCUCUCGGUUCGGUCCUCUUCAACGACUCCUGGGACACUGCCGUUGCCAACCUCAAGCGCUGGGCAAGCCUCAUGCGGCCCCAAGAUCUGAUCCUUGCUGGCAUGGACGGACAUACGAUCCAGAACCACAGGGAGAAGAUUUGGGCGGCCUACCAUGCUCAUCCUGACCUCUAUGCCAAGUUCUGGUCCAACGGAUUUGCUUAUGCCAACGAACUUCUCGGUGAGGAGUACCUUCGCGACGAGGACUGGGAGUGCUGUGCGGAGCUGGAGGACCACGAAGGUCGCCAUCGAUUCUUCUUCAAGGCCAACAAGGAUGUCGCCAUUGGCGAUAAGACGCUUCCGAAGGGAUUCGAAUUUGAGUGGUUUGAUUCACACAAGCAUGACGAGGAAGACGUCCUGAAAAUGUGCGAGGAGGCCGGUCUGUCCGUCAUCAAGUCCUGGCACGCACCGGACUCAGAGAUGCGUAAGUCGUCCGUUCUGUCUGCUCUCCAUUGCCUUUUUACGGGUUCAAACGAGUGCUAA